AUGGAUACUGUUCAAGAUUCGUCAGACAGUGAAGGUAGUGAUUUUGAUCUGCAACUUGAAAACCUAGGAGAAAGUAGUAACACCAUAUCUGAAACUAUUCAUAACCUGCUUGAACAGCUUUCCAGUGAUUUGUAUCAAUAUGAUACUCACGUUCAGUAUAUCCAGGCUCUUCGACAGGCUGCUUUGUUUGAUGAGUUAAAAGAAGCUCGAGAAUUAAUGCAUAGUAUUUUUCCUUUAUCAGAAGAAAUGUGGCGCGAAUGGAUAGAAGAUGAAUCACGUAUAGCUUCUACAAAAGAGGAAAAACUUAGAGUAAUUCAUCUUUAUACUAAAGCUGUCGAAGAUUAUCUAUCGAUCAACCUUUGGAAGGAUUACACAAGUUAUGUAGUCCAAGAAUACAAAAGCGGCCUUAAUGAAAUGAAAGUAGACCAAAUUGAAUCUGAUUUUGUUGUAACUUUAGAUCAGAUUCGUAAAAUAUUUGAAGAGGCGAAUAGAGAAAUUUGCUAUUAUAUAACAGAGAGUCAUCAAAUUUGGGACGCUUAUAGAGAUUUUGAAGUAGAAAUUCUAGAGGCCUCACCUCGAGAUGAUGAACAAAAGAGUAGAGUAAGAAAAAUGUACGAAAGUAGACUAAAAAUCCCACAUGCGACCAUAGAUAAAACCUUUAGUGAUUAUUCAUCAUUUAUAACAAAAUAUGAUAAUUUACAUUAUGAGAGCGUUAUGAUAGAGACCAAUAAAUAUGUGAGUGAAUUCAAAGACAAAUAUUACCAAAGAGAUCGUUACGAGAACGCGGUGAAAGCAUCAGGAAACGCAUUGGAUAAAUUCAUGGAUUACAUUGAAUUUGAAAAAAAACAGAAGAAACAGAUUGUGAAUGCAAUACGCACUUUAUACGAGAGAGCAAUUGCAAUUUAUUAUUUAGACCAUACUCUCUGGGAAGAUUAUAUGUUAUAUCUAAUUGAUAAACAUUUAACAGACAAGAAAGUUUCUCUUAGUGUUCUUAUAAAAACAGCAGAGCGAAGCGUUCGAAAUUGUUCUUGGUCAGGAGACCUUUGGGGUCAUUAUAUAAGGCUUUUAGAGAAAAACUUUAGUUCUGAAGAAAUCGUCAAUGUAUAUAACCGAGCAUUGUCAACCGGAAUGCUCAAGAAUAAUAUCGAUGAUUUGAUAAAACUGAUCAUUUCUUACGUUGACUAUGAAAGAAGACAAAUUCUAACUUACAAAGGGUCAAUAAGUCAAGUAAAUGCUUCUAGUUUUAUAAAUCUUCUUGAAGAAGGAAUAAAAACGGUUAAAGAAACUUUUCAAACUGGCGAUCCUUAUUACCGUUUAGAAAAAUAUUUGAUCGAGAUAGAGACUUUGAUCCAAGAUUUGCCUAAAGCGCGGCAGGUUUGGGAGAAUUUAAUUAAAGAUCAUCGAAAUGAAUCUGAAUUUUGGAUUCGAUAUGCAGAUUGGGAAAAGAAUGCCGAGAAUAUUAUUGAUGUUCGCAGGAUUUACAAAAUGGCUUCACAACAAAAUACUGACUGGCCUGAGCGCAUAUUUGAUGCGUGGGAACAAUUUGAGCACCAAUAUGGAACAGUUGAUCAUUUGGAACUUGCGAUGAUUUAUAUAAAAAAUCAAAUGAAGAUUGUUGCUCAAAGACGUGAAAAAGCUUUGAAAGAGGUUCAGAAGGCUCAGAACGAAGAAUUGUCCCAAAUUUCUCCAGCAAUGCAAAUUGAUGAAUCUUUACAAACUAUUAGCCAUCUAUCCUCCGAACAGAAUUCUUCUGAAGCAAAGAAAAGAAAAUCUGAAGAGAAUGAACAGAAAUUACCAUUAGCAAAAAGAAAUAAAGCUCAACAAUUUGAAAAACCUAAACGAGAUCGAGAGUUUGCCACAGUAGCUGUUUCCAAUUUACCUCUCGAUGUAAAAGAAGGGGAAUUAAAAAACCUUUUUCAUGAAUGUGGAGGAAUUAAAGGUAUUCGUAUCUUGGAAGACACAACUAGUACACAUAAAACUGCUUAUGUUGAAUUUAAUGAAAAGGAAAGUGUUCCUGCGGCAUUAACUAAAGAUAAGAAAAAGAUAGGGGAACAAGAGAUUAGUGUGUAUAAGUUAUCAGAACGUAUUUUAUAUGUAACCAAUAUCCCACAAUCUGCAGAUGUAAAAGAACUUUUUAAGAAGUAUGGAGAAAUAAUCUCUGUACGAUUACCAAAUCCUAAAUACCGGAUAGCAAAGUUCUGUUAUGUAGAAUUUAAAGAAAGGGAAUCUGCACAAGCUGCUCUGGAAAAGAACGGUUACGAAUUAGAACCUGGAAAAAAAAUUUGUGUUAUGAUAUCGAACCCAUUAUUAAAGAAAGAACGAUCACCGCCAAUUCAGACUGAAGUUUGUGUCCGAAAUUUGCCUAGUAAUGCAGAAACAGAUGAAUUAAAACUUAUGUUUCAAACUUAUGGACCAGUAAUUCAUGUAAGAAUGCCUAUGACGCCUGAUAAGAAAUGUAAGGGGGUCGCAUUUGUAGAAUUCAAAAAUAAGGAGGAUGCCGAAGCGUCCCUUGUUUUAAAUUCCACGGAAUUUAAAGGAUAUGUUUUAAGUGUUUCACUUAGCGGAAUUGAUCGCAAUCGUGGUCAAAAAGAAGAUAUUGCUAAUGAACGUGAGAAAAAGAGGGAAGUCAAACGUAAACAAGAAGAAGUUAAGGAAAGUGAAAAACGAUCGAGAACUGUUACUUUUACUAAGUUACCUAAAGACACGUCUGAAGACGAUAUCCGUGAUAUGUUGUCUCAAAUUUUUAAGGACGAGGAAAUUCGUAAGAUUACUAUGAUGCCUAAUAGUGGAUCUGCACACGUCGAAUUUGAAAAUGUUGAAGAUACUGGAAAAGCAGAAUUGCAUUUUAAUAAAUAUAAGUUAAAUAAUAAAAUUAUUUCUGCAACGGUUAGAAAUGAUCUACCUUCAACUCUUACUGAAUUAGCCGUUCGAAGAGAAGGUAAACCUACAAGUAUGACUAUGGUUCCAAGGAGAUUGGUUGCACCUUCUAGUAAACUUGGUAAACCCAGAAGGCCCGGGGCACCAGGAUUAAAAUCGGGUCAAAGAUCUCGAAUAGGGGUUGAUAGUAACAGUAGCUCUUCAAGCAAAGAACAUCCCGCUGAGAUCACAAACGCAUCGUCAGAGAGUCAAAUGGAAAUUGAAGUUGAUAUGGAAGAUAAGACUACUUCAAAGAAAUCAAAUGAAGAUUUUAGAGAACUUUUUUACAAAGGAAACAGAAAAAUUAUUUUAACUAUUACUACACUACAAAACAUGAAUUCAGACUCUCCGUUUAGUUGA